CAGCCUGGAGACGAGACCUGUAUUUUGAAAAGCAGUGACCGGAAGUGAUUCUGACGUUGAUCGAGAGGCGAGCUUGAUGUGAUGCGCAGCUCGAGAAGAGAAGAAGAAGAAAGACGUUCUGAUCAAUAACAUCAACAGAUCGAAGAUCAACAAGAGGGCGCUGUGACCAUGACUCCCUUCGUCCCCGUUUCAUUGAUCGGCCUCGUCCUCCUGAGUCUGUCCUCCGCUCAGACCUUCACCCCCGCGGAGGAGGAUCUGACCAAUAGGAACGGAGACUUCGCCGCCAGGCUGUUCCGAGCCGUCUCCAGCCGGACCGACGAUAACGUCUUCCUGUCUACGUUCACGCUGUCCAACGGGCUGUUGGCGCUGCUGAGCGCCACCGGCGGGUCGACCCGGGACCAGCUGCUGCAGGGACUCAGUCUGACUGGACUGGACCCCGAGACCCUCCCAGAUCUGUUUCAGAGUCUGAGGACCGUCGUCCAAGAAGGGAGCCCAGCUAUGACCCUGAGGCAGGGAGUGGCCGUCUUCCCCCCCCAGGACUUUCAGAUGUUGACGCCCUACAUGGACCUGGUUCAGACGAAGUUCGGGGGGUACGCUCAGAGUCUGCCCUACACGACGCCACAGGAAGCAACCGACAACAUCAACCGCUGGGCCCGGGAGCAGACCGGAGACCAGGUCCAGGAUCUGGUGACCAACCUGGACCCCAACACCAAGAUGCUGCUCGCCACCACCGCCUUCUACCAGGCCCGGUUCGCUCCGUUCUUUAACGCGUCCUUGACUCAGGAAGAGCGUUUCUUCGUGGACAAAUAUCAUGUCGUCAUGGUUCCCAUGAUGUUCAGGGCCGAUAAGUACUUCCUGGCGUACGACCGCUUGCUGAAGGCCGGCGUGUUGAAGCUGCCGAUGGCGGGCGGGGCAGCCAUGUUGGUAGUGCUGCCUGAUGAAGACGUGGACAUAGCCGCGGUUGAAGAUGAAGUGACCGGAGAGAAGAUCCAGGCCUGGAUCAGACAGCUCAAGAGGACGAAGUUGGAGGUGCAGCUUCCUCGUUUCCUGUUGGAGCGUUCCUACUCUCUGCGUGACGUCCUGAAGACUCUCGACAUCACUCAGGUGUUUCAAGACGACGCAGACUUCAGCAACAUGGGUGCAUCUGAGGGACUCAAACUCACACAGGUUUAUCAUAAAUCUGCCGUGACCGUCGACGAGAGCAGCGAUAACAUCACUCCAGGCAGCGUCUUCACCACUCUUCCUCCUCGACUGACCAUCAACAGACCCUUCAUCUUCAUCAUCUACCAGCAGACGAGCGGCGGCGUGCUGUCGAUGGGCCGAGUCAUCGACCCCUCCAAGAAGUAAACACUCAGUUAACCAGUCAGUAACUCUAGUGCAGUAUUCCCCAACCUGAGGCUUGAGACCCCCCCGAGGGAUCAGUAGAUAAAUCUGAGGGGUCCUGAGACAAUUUAAUAUUUAAUAACCGUCAUCACCUCGGUGAUCCUCUGACUUUUCAUCUAGCGCCACAAUCAGGUCAACAUGUUGAUGUGUCCAAUACAGACACUGGUUGAACAUUUUAAAACUUACAGACACUCGUUGAACUGAUCUAUAACUUACAGACACUGGUUGAACUGGUCCAUAACUUACAGACACUGGUUGAACUGAUCUAUAACUUACAGACACUGGUUGAACUGGUCCAUAACUUACAGACACUGGUUGAACUGAUCUAUAACUUACAGACACUGGUUGAACUGGUCCAUAACUUACAGACACUGGUUGAACUGGUCCAUAACUUACAGACACUGGUUGAACUGGUCUAUAAUUUACAGACACUGGUUGAACUGGUCCAUAACUUACAGACACUGGUUGAACUGGUCUAUAAUUUACAGACACUGUUUGAACUGAUCUAUAACUUACAGACACUGGUUGAACCGUACUAUAACUUACAGACACUGGUUGAACUGGUGUAUAACUUACAGACACUUGUUGAACUGGUCUAUAACUUACAAACACUGGUUGGACUGGUCCAUAACUUAUAGACACUGUUUGAACUGGUCUAUAACUUACAUACGCUGGUUGAACUGGUCUAUAACUUACAGACACUGGUUGAACUGAUCUAUAACUUACAGACACUGGUUGGACUGGUCCAUAACUUAUAGACACUGUUUGAACUGGUCUAUAACUUACAUACGCUGGUUGAACUGGUCUAUAACUUACAGACACUGAUUGAACUGGUCUUAACUUACAGACUUAAAGACUAAUAACUAAUGAUAAACUGACAUCAGCCUCAGCUUGACUUUAUGUUUUGAGCUCAUUAUUGAAUGUAAGCAUGACAACCACUAGCAUAGCAUAUGUACUGUAUGUAUGUCUGAAAACACUUCCUGUACUUAUUUAAAUAAACGUAUACCACCUGCAGUAUACCUCCACUGUAAAACAUUAAAA